AUGCCUGUUGUCUUCGGUCAAAUUGUUGUUGGUCCACCAGGAAGUGGAAAAACAACAUAUUGCGCAGCUAUACAAGAUUACUAUAACAAAUGUAUUGCCGAUGGCAGUAGUCGUCAUGUUUAUAUUGUUAAUUUAGAUGCAGCUAAUAUUGAGAUGCCCUAUGAAUGUGCAAUAGAUCUCGUUGAUUUGAUAACAGUUGAUGAUGUUUGCGAUAAUCUCAAUUUAGGCCCAAAUGGUGCAUUGAUGUACUGUAUUGAAUACAUUGAAAAUAAUAUUGAUUGGCUAUUAAAACGUCUUCGAUCUUUAGUUGAUAAACAUUCAUCGUCAUUACCUCCGCCGUAUAUUCUUUUCGAUUGUCCGGGACAAAUCGAACUUUAUACACAUCAUGGUUCAAUUCAUCACAUCAUUGAAAAAUUAGUAAAAGGUGUCGAUUUAAGACUGUGUUGUGUUACUUUAAUUGAUUCUUAUUAUUGUUCGAAUUCAUCAAAUUUCAUAAGUGCUCUAUUAACAUCGUUAUCAAUGAUGUUACAUUUAGAAUUGCCACAUGUUAAUAUACUAUCGAAAAUUGACCUUAUCGAACGAUAUGGUUCAUUAGAAUACAAUAUUGAUUUUUAUACGGAAGUCUUGGAUUUAUCGUAUUUAAUGAAAAAUAAAAAUUUUAACAAAGAUAAAUUUCAACCGAAGCUUGCAAAAAAAUUUCGCAAUUUCAAUAAAGCAUUAUGUGAAGUUAUUCAAGAUUAUAGUCUCGUUUCAUAUAUACCAUUAAAUGUUCAAGACCGUUUAAGUAUUGAAAAAGUUAAUAACACAAUUGACAAAGCAAAUGGAUUUAUUUUUGGACAUUUAAAAAAUGAUGAUUUAUCACAACGAACAAAUUUAAUGUCGAAUGCCUUCGGUGUUGAACAAUUCGAAUAUGCUAAAACCGCAAAAAUUAGAGAAAAUUAUACAUUCGCUGAUGACGAAGAAGGAGAACUUGAAGAUUGA